AUGUCAAACUUCAAUGUCACUCCGCCGCAGCCACGGCCGGUAAGGUCAAGGCCACCUAUCGGAUCGCCAGCUUCAGCUGCACCACUCCUCCGCGCGACCUCGUCCACAGCUCGGCCUUACAACGAUGCCAUCGUAUCAGAGCUCUGCACGCUCGACACUUUCCAGAACGACUUCAAUACCAAUGACUUUGUGGCGCAGCUCACAUCAAAGCUCGUCCAGCGCUCCAAGGCAGAUCCAGGCCCAUUCAACCCGAGACCCUUCAUACGCACAUUCGAAGCAGCCAUGGACCAGCUUGUCCAGAUUCGCGCCCAAGUAGAUGCUCAAUCACAACAAAUCUCCUCCGCAGUGCAUGUGGCAGAGUCGGCAUACACCAAAAAGCUCGACGAGCUCUCUAAAAACUUUGUCGCCGUUGGCAACUCGUUCAACAGCCUAGAAGACCGCAUCUCCGAGGUCGGCAGGACUGCCAUUCGCAUCGGUGAGCAGCUCGAGACCAUCGACAAACAGCGCAACCGCGCCAGCGAGGCGCACGAUCUCAUCGAGUUCUACUACAUGUUUGCUCGUGGAGACACAUCAAAGCUGGAACGUCUACGCAAAGAGGGUGGUCGCGAAGGUAGGAUCAAGACGGCCAUUAUUGCUCGUCGUCUGGCCGCCAUCAGUCGUGAGGUCGAUGUCGCUGGAGCUGAGCAGACUCGUGACUCUAUCGAUCGCUAUUGCGAACGGUUCGAACGCGACAUGCUCAAGCUCUUCGACAAAUUCUACCGCAGAUCGGACCCCAAGAUGAUGUCGCACAUCGCAAAGGUGUUACAAGGCUUCAAUGGCGGAGCAAGCUGCGUCCAGAUCUAUGUCAACCAGCACGAUUUUUUCAUCUCCAAGGAUCGUGUCGGAGAGGCCAACAACAUCGAACUCAGUCAGAUCUGGACCAACAUGGCCGACCCUGACCACGCACCACCCAAGUCGGAGCCCUCACUCACGGCCCUCUUCGACGAAAUUCGACAGACGGUCGAGAUCGAAGCGCAGAUCAUCUCGGCAGUGUUUCCGAAUCCGUUCGUGGUGAUGCAGACCUUCUUGCAGCGCGUCUUUGCGCAGUCGGUGCAAGGCUUCGUUGAGGUCAUCAUGGAUAAGGCCGUAGAGAUUCACGCACCUGGCUUUGUCGGUGCAGGCGGCAUCGUCGAUCCCAAGACUGCCGCUUUGGAACUCAAUCCUCCAUCGAGCACACAACCGACCACCUCCCACCUUGCCUUCCUUCGAGCGCUACACAUGGCUCGAUCCAGCGCCUUGAAACUGGUCAACGACCUCAAGCUGUACGACUACCGCGGCGCUGGUAUUACCGGUCCAGCUCAAACAGCAGCAAACGGUGCCACCUCAGGCGACGGCGUCGUUCCAGAUUCGCUCAGAUUGCUCGGCAGCGACGUUGUUGCUGGUGCUGCCCAUCUUGCCGGCGCUUCUGCGAGUCCGUUGGCGAGCAUGCUGGAUCAGUCGGUGGAAGAGCUGUUCGUGCCUUACAUGGAAGGUGUUCGCUACAUCGACCGAGAGUCGCGCAGCUUGGCGGAUCUGUACGCAGGCCUGCUGUCCAGAUUCAUCACGUUCCAUCGCACAGCUGCGGCUAAGAAAGACAAGGGCACCGGCAAUACCAUUUUCAACCGUAUGCGCAACCAAAUCACGGCAACUUCCGAUGCGUCGUCGUCGACCUUGAGCCUAGGAGGCAGCUCUUCUGCAACUCAUGCUAGCACGGCUGCGAGCUCCACCACAUCGACAUCCAAGACGUCGUUCUUCAAGCUCUCGAACCUAGCAGAUCGUGUUCGUGGCACUCACAACGCCGGUGCUUCCAGCAAUAACUUGGCCGUCAGUGCAGGAGGCGCGCUACCCACAUCCGCCGAGUCCAGUGUCGAUGGUCACCACGUUGCAGGCGGUGCUCGCUUCGAGGACGAGCUGGAAGACACAGAUGGCGAUCUGUCGCUUGAGAUCGCGGAGAAGAUGUUGCGAUGGCAUGCCGAGUCCAUCGGCCGCUGUGUCGAUCUCAGCUCACCAUCCGAGGUGCCGAAAGCAACAUUUGCGUUGCUGCGCGUGCUCACCUCUGCAUACAUCAAGACGUACGUCGAGACAGCGCUCGACUCUGCCCUCGUUGCAGUCUCUGCUCAAGACAUUCGCGGUGCAACGAUGCCGGAUUCAUCUGCCGGCAUGUCGUUGAUCCGUUCCGUCGAGCUUCUCAUCUCGCUCUGGCAGCAUUACGUCAACACGGCGCUGCUACCUCUUGCAAGCACCAGCGUCACCUCACGUCGAGAGAUGAUGAUCUUCAACAACCACAACCUGCUUCGUGUCGAAGGCAAGUGCGAUGCGUUGAUGCAGAAGAUCGCCGACAACGUGGUUGGAUUGCUGUCGAACCGACUUGCGACGCAGAAGAAGAACGAUUUCACGCCCAAGAACGACGACCUGGCGUUUGCGCGUCAGAACACGGAGCCGUGUGUGGCGUGCUCGGAGGCGUUGGAGAAGGUGCAGCAGGCAGCGAGGGCGAAUUUGAGUCUGUCGUCGAGUCGCAUGGUCACUUCGGCUAGUGGGAGCAUCAAUGCGAGGGGGUCUCCGGGGCCUGCACAGCGACCUGGGUCGAGUAGGGCCAUUCGAGGGGGUGCUUCGAUGGACGGUAGCGACGGUGCAGGUGCGCACGUCAGCUGGAACGAUGCAGACAUCGAUGCCGACCCGGACGUCGUCGGCGACGACGGAGACGAUCCACAUCGUUCCAGCCAUCUUUCCCGCAACGCAGAAUCGUUCCUCACCGAAAUCGGCGUCGCAUUCCACGGCUUGCUUCUCGACCAUCUCCGCAAGUACACCGUCAGCGCUACCGGCGGUAUCAUGCUGACCAAAGACCUGGCGAUGUACCAGGAUGCCAUCGGAACCUUCGGAAUCCCUGUGCUUUCCGACCGAUUCGAGAUGCUUCGACAGCUGGGCAACCUGUUCAUCGUACAGGCGUCGGUGUUGAAGUCGUACAUGCGCGAAGGACAUCUAGCCAAGAUCGACGAGAGGUUGUUGAGACCGUACUUGUUGAGGAGGGCGGAUUAUGCGAAGGAGGUGAGGGAUUUGGAUGAUGCUCCGACGGCGCCGACGACUCCGACUGCGGCGACGGCAGGCGUGGGAAAUCCGUUUGCGUCGACGGCGGUGGGGGGUGCGGGCGGGAGGGAUCUGUUUGGUCACUUGCCGGGGUUGAUCAGUGGCACGAAUGGUGGGGUUGGAGAGGGGGGAGGGACUUCGACGUCGGGAACGGCGAGGACAGCGGAGGAAGUGAGGUUGCAGAGGUUGGGCGAGGUAUUGACGAAUCUGGAAAGGUUUAGUUUGGAUGCGGUGAAGGGGUAUGGGAGAACGGGGCAGGGUGAGAAGGGAGGCAGCUGA